CGUAUAUAAUACACGCCCUAAUGGAGGAUUUACACGGUGACCGGCUUUAUCAGUCGAGAAUUCAACGGAAUUCAACUGCGGUGGGUCACCACGCUAGUUGAAUUCGCUCGAAUUGACGUCGACUGGAAAAACACGCAAGCACGUAACGAGAACAACAGUCCGAAAAACUGGAGCGGAAUUCUGCAGGCGUGUGUAAUGAAUUGUGUUUUAAUUUUUCUCCGUGUGUCCAAGCCGAAUCGAGAGUAGAGCGAGGAGAAAGCUUUGGCUUUUGACAGCCGAUCGACAGUCCGUACGAAUGCGAAUGUUGUAUCAAACUUUGUGAGUUUAUCUUUCGCACGCAAUCAUGUCGGGAACGCUGAAACCCUAUCUGACAGCAGUCAGGCGUACGCUCACAGCUGCCAUGUGUCUGGAGAAUUUUUCCUCCCAAAUUGUAGAAAGACACAACAAACCUGAAGUAGAAGUAAGAGCGAGCAAAGAAUUGCUGCUAACACCUAUCCAGAUAAGUAGAAAUGAUAAGGAGAAGGUCCUGAUUGAAUCUAGCAUUAACAGUAUGAGGAUAAGCAUUGCUGUCAAACAGGCGGACGAUCUGGAAAAGAUUCUUUGUCACAAUUUCACAAGAUUCAUGACAAUGAGAGCCGAACAUUUUAUGAUACUUAGAAGAAAGCCAGUAGAGGGCUACGACAUUAGCUUUUUAAUCACUAAUAUUCAUGUUGAGCAAAUGUACAAACACAAGAUAGUAGAUUUUGUUAUUCACUUUAUGGAGGAGAUCGAUAGAGAAAUCAGUGAAAUGAAGUUGUCGGUUAAUGCCAGAGCUCGCAUUUGUGCGGAGGAGUUUUUAAAGAGGUUUUAGUGCAUUCACCACGUACUAUUCCCGAUGAUCAACGAUUAGAGGAGUGCAGGGCAUAUAGCGAAUUGUUUAUUUGGUGUGUCAUUGUACCAUCGUUGAUAAUCUUUAAAACCACCAAAAAAAAAAAAAAAAAAAUUAGGAAAAACAUUUUUAUAAAAUAUCCAAUGAUAUAUGUGUCCUUGCCCACACGACCCGUUAAAUCGUUCCGUGUUAAAUAAGGAUAAGAUGAUACGAAAAAGAGACUUGAUAAGAAUUCAAGCAAUAUUUAUAAGAGAGAAAAUAUUGCGCAAUUUUUGUUGAAACUGAAUUUUAUAUGUUUGCACACAGUGAAACAUAAUGUUUAAAACAGUAGAAGAAAAUGAAAUAUUUAUUCUGUCCUGAUGUUUUGAGUACGGAAAUUUUUUUUUUUUAAUAUCAGAGCAUUUGACACGGAACGAUUUAAUUAUAUUGUUAAAAAACUGAGAUUAAAAUCGAUAUACACAUAUAAAACCUCUAUAACUGAUAUCCCUGUUGCUGAUUACAUAAUUUCUCGAUCACAGUAUUACAUGAUUACGUAUCGAAUUUAUAUAAUCGUUAGCUAAAGUUUCUAUUGUGAAAAAAAAAAACACCGACUUGAUUGAGCGUUUGUACCUUCCGAAUUUAUACAUGUUUUACAAAGUUUUAUAUAAUCCAUCUUUUCUACAUUCUCUACUUGAAAAACAAAAACACAUUCGUAUAUUAGAUGUAUUGCGCACGAAACAUGAAAGUUUUAGUGCAAAAUUCGUUCCUCCUCAAAGUUUGAGUCAUAAAAACUUUACGUGUAAUACAAUAUUAGAUAAUUCAAUAAAAAAAACAAAUACGCUCUGUU